AAAACGGAUGAUGUUUUGUUUUCCCUCCAAACUGUGUUUAUGCAAAUAAUUAUAAAAUAGUGUUAUUUAUAUCUAUUAGUAUUUACCAAUGUAGUAAUUAUUUAUUCUAUUAUAGUUUAGGAAUGUUGUUGAAUAUUUUGUCAAGUCUAGUGUUUGUAUAAAAUCAAAGUUUGAGAUGGCUGACAAAAGCAGAAAAUUUACAUGUAUAUGUAUGAUCUAAUUACUCUAUAUUUAACUAAGAAGUUAUAUAAUUUUGAUCAUUUUUAUUUUUACUUAAAUUCAAUUUAUUAUUCCAGUAAAAAAAUAGGCUUAAAUAUUUGUAACUGAACUCAAAAUCCAACCAAAUACAAACUUAUAAACAUCCAAACAGAUUCUAUAGAACAAUUAUUGGAAACAAAAUAGUUUCCGAAUUUUACGUGAACUUGCACAUAUAUCUAAAAACUAAAAUUGUUUUGUAAGAAGGGGGACCAAUCAUAAAAUCCCAAGUCAUCAAAGUUGUCAUGUUUUCAAUAAUAUCGCCCAUAAUUAUUCCCACUCAGGUUCUACUAAUUUAUUAAUUUUAAAUGAGAUGUUCUAAAGUUUUCUACAAAAAAUUUUAAACUGUUUGUUUCUAUCUAAUUAAAAAUUUAUUGUAUAUAUUAUUUUAAUUAGUUUAGUUAGAAAUAAAAUUGCACUAAAUUCAUAAAUAACAUUUAAUUUUUAACAAAAAAAAACAUUGCUCUACACGGAGGAAGUAUUGAAUGAAUAUCUAGAACAUGUUACGGUUUCUAAAACGACGGCGGCGAAAGGAAUAAAGAGAAGUCUCAGACAGAGACAGAACAGCAAAGGAGGAACAAACAUAACAACGAAGAAGUUUCAAAACUCUACUUUUCAAACGUAUACUUUCCUUAAAUUAAGAUCUUGUUUAAUCCAAGUCUCUCCCUGAAAGUUAGAUCCGAAUGAUUAUUACUAUGUUGAGAGACAAGGCGAGUCUCUGUGUUCUCCUCUUCUCAAUCUUACUCCUUUUCAAGGGUUCGUUUGGAUCUGAAUCAAGAAGUAAGGAAGCUUACGUCACACUCUUAUACGGUGACGAGUUCUUAUUAGGAGUCAGAGUAUUAGGCAAAUCGAUACGUGACACUGGAUCCGACAAAUACAUGGUCGCUUUGGUCUCUGAUGGCGUCUCAGAUUACUCCAAGAAGCUUCUCAAGGCUGAUGGAUGGAAAGUAGAGAAGAUCAGUUUACUAGCGAAUCCAAACCAAGUUCAUCCGACUAGGUUCUGGGGUGUUUACACAAAGCUAAAGAUCUUUAACAUGACAGAUUACAAGAAAGUUGUGUAUCUUGAUGCUGAUACUAUUGUGGUAAAGAACAUCGACGAUCUGUUCAAGUGCUCAAAGUUCUGCGCGAACUUGAAGCACUCCGAGAGGUUGAACUCUGGUGUCAUGGUUGUUGAACCGUCCCAAGCUCUUUUUAAUGACAUGAUGAGAAAAGUGAAGACUUUGUCUUCUUACACCGGAGGAGACCAGGGGUUCUUGAAUUCUUACUAUCCAGAUUUUCAAAAUGCUCGUGUUUUCGAUCCUAGUUUAAGCCAUGAAGAGUUGAAAGCUAGACCAGUUCCUGAUAUGGAGAGGCUUUCGACGUUAUAUAAUGCCGAUGUUGGUCUUUAUAUGCUUGCUAAUAAGUGGAUGGUUGAUGAGAGUAAACUUCAUGUGAUUCAUUACACACUAGGCCCUCUCAAGCCUUGGGACUGGUGGACAGCGUGGCUUGUGAAGCCUGUUGAUGCCUGGCAUAGCAUUAGGGUAAAGCUUGAGGAAACUCUUCCUGGAACUGGAGGUGGCAAAAACCAAAACGAUGAACUCGUCGUCAAGCUUCUUUUCUUGUUACCUCUUUGUGCGCUUUUGUUCUGCAUUUACCGAUCCAUUCAGGGUUAUGAGGGUUCACUGUGCAGUCAAUUUAGAUAUCUUUAUUACAAAAUUAGAUCUAAUAGAACACUUGGUUAUAGCGGUGUUUCUACAUUUUCCACCAUGAAUCCCAGCCAUCAACUCCACAAUGGCAACUCACAGUCAAAGGUUCCUCAGCACUUAGGCGCGGUUUCAGUUGUAGUCUGUUUCACCGCUGUUCUCAUAUCCGUUGGAGUUUCCUUUAUGAUUGUGCCGAGGCAAAUCAUGCCGUGGACUGGGUUGAUCUUGGUAUAUGAAUGGACGUUUACAAUCUUCUUUCUUUUGUUUGGUUGCUUCUUGCUUCUGGUGCAUCAACAUGGAAAGAAAAUAGCAGUUCAUACAGAAUCCUCGUCCUUGGAUGAUUCCGGAAAAGGUCAUCAGCGAGGAGGUGUGUCUUGUGACGUGACUACAUUGUAUUAUGGAUUAGGGAUGGUGUUUCUAGCUAUUGCUACUGUUUCUUUGCCUUAUAUAUUAGGGAUCACCGCUUUAUUCGUGAGGUUGGGUCUAAUGGUGGGUGUAGCCAUAGUUUUAGCUGCCUACAUGACUUAUGCUUCAGAGCACCUCGCCAUCAGAUGGUUCUUGAAAGGUUUAGAAGACCGUCGUGAAACAUCAAGAUCAAAGUCCAUAUGUUUCAUGUGCUGACACCUGAGAAAAAUGUGUCACCAUUGUAACUUGCAGAAUCAAACAGAGCCAUAUGAUUUGAGUUUUUGUAGUUAUGUCUUAAGAUUGUUAUAGAUUCUUGUAGCUUUGUUCUUUCUUUAUCACCAUGUCCCACUGUCUCCUCUCUUUGCUCACAUUUGUACAGAUCAUUAAUACUGUGAAGAAUUCUUUUCUUUGCUAACA